AUGUUGCUGCCCUGUUACUAUGUUUCCAUAUUUGCACUCGAGAACAAUGUCUCCCGCUCUUCACUAUCCACACUCUCCUACAUCAUCAUCACCUAUGGCAGAUUCUACACAGAACGGAAGACCCUCAGGCUAUGGCCCUUUGCGACAACUCAGGCCCAUGCAAAUCAUUACAUGUCAUGGGUUCCGGCUCCCAUACCAGCUCGAUUGCGACGUGCAAUACCCCUGCGCUACGAAACAUUCCGUGUAGCAGAGGAGCCUUUACAUGUCGUUCCCUUCAAUUGGCUGCAACACCCGCAGCUAUCCGGAAUGCGGCUGGUAGACUUCGAUUUACCCAUAGCGGACCAGACAAUGCGCGCCCGAAUGCUGCGUACACACAUGCGCGAUGGCCACGACGUGGUCCUCCGCCGUCCCAACGCCACGGGCUCCAUCCACUUCGACCUUGCGUGGCUGGAUCCUCCUUGUGUUUUCUCCUUCCCUAUAGAUUUAUCUGCACAUGAUAAUCUACAAGGAAUCAUGAGAACUGAGCUAGCUCUGCGGGUGGUCCGCAUAGUGGACGAGUUUAUUCACAGCAAGGUUCCAGGCGCUUACGGACGCCACAAGGAUAUAACAAUCCUCGACAUCCUUAUGCAACACGGGGUUAAUUACGACGAUAUAGUCCUCGUGGGCGUGAUAGUGUUCAAACGGGCAUUCAUGUGCAUCCGCCUGGAAGCCUGGCGCCACACUCCGAACGAAGGGCUAUAUGUCGCACAUGACGAUCUUGCACUCUCUCCUGGUUACCGUUUUUGCGGGGCGUGUGUGGAUGGCCGUCGCCUUGAUGUUCUGCUCCCACCCUCUUUCCCGUACAAACUACGACAUAAUUAUCCUGAGCCCGUCAACAUCUCCAGCAAGACGAUAAUUCUAUUUGACUGGAAGCAGCGCCAUGGAGAAGGUGUACUGAUCACAGACUUGUUCAGCUACGACGUACACCUUCUUGGACAGCUGAUGCGAGGUGGAUUGGUGCUUCCUUUUGAGGAAACCGGGCUCGACGAGAUUAUGGUAGAGUUGGAGCUCAAGACCAUCUGCGCAGUUCCGCUUCCGCUAAAACAGUACAUGGUUGCAAUACGGGAUAAGGUCACCAAGCGGCAGUUCACUCUUGCUGAAAUUGCAUUCGAGAUAUGUAAGGCCCUUUUGGAUUCUUUUGAGGAAGCAUGCGUCGAUGAGCAAUGGGGGCAGACAUCUUAUCGCUACAUUCUUGCGAAUAAGGGUGCGCAUUGGGACGAUCUCGCCAUGAUGCAAUUAUCCCACCUGGAAGGGAAGCGAUGCCGUCUUCGGCUACAAGUGCGCCCAAUCAUGAUGAUCCCUGUCCCGCCACCGCUUUGA